GUCGAAUGCAUCGGAAAGUGUGCAGGAGUUGAUUCGUAAUGGGAACCAAAUCGCUGUUGUGCCUGAUGUCGACUUGCCUCUGCCUGUCAUCGGCCGCCUUCCCGCCGGACUGCGACUACCUGCAAAAAUUCGUGCUCGGCCAAAAGUACUACAUUUACAACCCCGGCUACCCCAGGAAGUACGCCCCCGGCACGGACUGCUUCUGGUACGGCGUCAGCCCAUCGGGCACCAGCAUCGUCAUCACCUGCGAGGAAAUCGAUUUGCCCAGCGUAAGUACCGCGGCGUUCCUCGCCGAUCCCCGUGUCGAUCUGCAGGUGGAUUUUCAAUUGCAGACACCCAGAUGCAACGGAGACAAACUCAAAGUUUCCCUAUCGGGCAGCUCGGAUUUCCGGGAUUCCCGAAACUACUGCGGCUUCGGUACCGUCUCGUUGAUAUCCGAAGACAAUAAAAUAGCAGUAGGCGAUACGUUGAUAUCUCAAGGCGGUAGGUUCCUUUGCUCCCUUACGGCUUUGGAAAACUUCGAUUCCACCGCCAACUCGUCGUCCAACACAGAAACCCCGAGCGCCUGCGAUUGCGGUUUAAAAUCCAGCAGGAGGAUCGUGGGCGGCGUUAACACCAAAAUCAACGAGUACCCUUCGAUGGCCGGUUUGGUGGAUAUUCCCAAUCCGGAAAUCCUCUGCGGAGCCAACAUAAUAUCCGAUAGGUAUCUAUUGAGCGCUGCUCAUUGCAUGGCGGUGUUCACUUUGGAUUCCAUGGGGAUAUUAGUGGGCGAUUGGAACAUAUCUACUGGUUCUGAUACGCAAUUUGCGGCUUUAUACAAAGCUUUAAAUAUUUAUGUACACCCGAAAUUCGACGCGAGGAAGCAAAUCAACGAUCUGGCCAUCAUCAAAACCGAGCGAAAAAUCGCGUUUUCGUUGAAAGUCAACCCGAUUUGCCUGCCAUUCAGGUUCACCACGUUCGAUUUCACCGAUCAAAACGCCACCCUCUUAGGUUGGGGCCAGUUGUUCUUCUCGGGGCCGAUGUCCGAUACGCUGCAGAAGGUGAACGUGGACGUGGUGAACAACACCUACUGCGCGGAGAAAUUGGCGCCGAACGCGAUCGAAAAUUCGCAAAUUUGCACGUUCACGCCGGGCAAGGACGCCUGUCAAAGCGAUUCGGGCGGUCCUUUGCUGUGGUUUGAUCCGAGAUCGACGAGACUCCAGCAAAUCGGCGUCGUCUCCUACGGGUACGCAUGCGCGAGCAACAAACCGGGGGUUCACACGCGCGUCACCUCCUAUUUGACGUGGAUCGUGUCACAAACGAGCGCUACCCGAUCGCUGCUUGCGGUAUUCCUGGCCGGUUUCCUUCGGUUUUCCUUGGCUAUUUAUCCGCCGGGUUGCAGUUACAAAGACACUAAUUUACAAUUGAACAAGGAAUACUAUGUGUACAACAUUGGGUAUGGGAAUAAUUACACGGCUUAUACGGAUUGCGAUUGGUACGGGGAAUCCCCCGUUGGGACCCAAAUACAUAUUUACUGCGAGGAUGUCUUAAUACCCACUUCCGUAGAGUGCAAGGGUGAUCAAUUGAGGGUGUCUUUGAGCGGAGAUACCAGUUUCAGAGAUGUUAAAGUGUAUUGUGGAGUGGGUGCAUUGAGCUUGAUCGCCAAUUCUAAUAAAGUUGCAAUUGGCUUGAAAGCUGCCUACAAUUCGCCAGGGGGUAGAUUCCUAUGCACCCUCACCCCCAAAACACCAGCAAUUAACUGCGAUUGCGGCUGGAAACGCUCCACGAGAAUAGUAGGAGGCCAGCCGACGGGCGUCAACGAGUACCCGAUGAUGGCCGGUUUGAUCGACUCCCGGGUGAAGACCACCCCCGAAGUGAUAUGCGGCGGUACCAUAAUAUCGACGCAAUACGUCGUGACGGCGGCCCAUUGCCUGGCCCAGAUCCCCGUGCAGUACAUGGGGGUGCUGGUGGGCGACUGGGACAUCACCACAGGUGCUGAUACGGCCGCUGCGCAGCUGUACCCGGUCGCUUGGGCGAAGGCCCAUCCGUCGUUCAACUACAAUCUGCAGAUCAACGACAUCGCCAUCGUGAAGACCUCCAGCUCGAUGAGGUUCAGUUUGGAGGUGGGGCCGGCUUGCUUGCCGUUCUCCUACGCGCAGGAGAGCUUCACCGGGGAGGUGGUAACGUAUCUCGGCUACGGGCAGACGUUCUUCAACGGUCCCACUUCUGAUAUGGUGCAAAAGGCGAGCGUGAGCGUCAUCUCGAACCAGCAGUGUCAGGUGUCCUAUCCCAACAACCAGAUCAUCCAAGGCCAAAUGUGCACGUACACGUCUGGAAAGGACGCUUGCCAAGGGGAUUCCGGUGGUCCUGCAUUGUGGAUGCAACCUUACCAAAACAGGCUCUAUUUGCUGGGCGUGAUUUCGUACGGAUACGCUUGUAACGUCAGACCUGGCAUAACCGCCAGAGUGACCAGCUAUUUGGAUUGGAUCGUCACCAACACUCCAGACGCCAAUUACUGCAGAAUGUAA